AGACUUUACCCGUUGCAAAAGUUUCAAAGUAGGCGUUUCCUAUUGGAAAAUGCAAAUACAUCCAUAGAAUGUGCCAAUAGGAUCUUGCCAGCCUGUGCUUGGCUCUGCACAACCCCAAGCUUGUCCUGCCCACUAUGAUUAAUUUGCUGCGAUUGGAAACGCGACACUGUGUGGUCUAUCUUGUUUGUUUAUAAAAAAAUCUUUGCUGCAAUGGCUUCCGUGGAGUCGCAACCACGGUUUGGUCAAUCUGUCAAAGGAUUGUUGUCUGAUAAAGUGGGCUCCUGCAGCGGGGAUGUGAUCGCCCUGACUCGCCAGGUGCUAAAGGGAUCACGGAGUCAAGAGCUUCUGGGACAGGCUGCCAGAAACAUGGUCAUUCAGGAGGACGCCAUUCUGCACUCAGAGGAUAGUUUGAGAAAAAUGUCCAUCAUCACCACCCAUUUGCAAUAUCAACAAGAGGCCAUCCAGAAGAAUGUGGAACACUCCAAAAACCUUCAGGAUCAACUGAGGCAUUUACUGAAAUGAAGUGUGCACUGAGACACUUAAAUGAAAGACUUUGAGCUGCCCUGUCUGUUACCAUGUUGCUUCUUCUGAGAAAAUAUGUGCAAAAUAUGCGCCCCCUGCUGCAACCUUGGGACAACAUUUCCCGGGAAGCCCCAAUUCCUCAUUGAAACUAGUGGAGAACCCCCCCCUUACAAUGAUCUUAAACUGUGUUUUUAAUACACAAUGAAAUUAAACACAGACAACCCCUUGCUAAUCAGAACUCUCAGGUAUGUUGUGGUGGGCUGUCAUUACAACUGCUUCACAGGAACCUAACCAGCUGAGCUAACAAUGUAACAAAUGUAUCAUUUUGUGUAAAAUAAUCCAACAGGCUCCACAUUACAAGAAUCGCCGUACCCCCUGGUGCGCUGUUCACUUAUUUAGCCAUUUAAUCAGUUUUUGAAGAAAAAUCAAAAUUUUCCACUGCUUUCACAUGUGUUUGAAACGAGAGCUUGAAUAAAAGUGUCCCACUCCAAAGCAGUUGCUUUCCAUUGGAGCACUGCGAUUGGUUGGCCAAAACUCUGGGGUGGUGCUUGGCGAAGGGUAAAUUCUAUCAGAAUGUUCUCUAACAUUGCACCUUCCUGAUGUAGCCCCUGGCCUUUUGGACUGGAGGCUGCCUGGAAGUCUCCCCAGGUACAUGCUGUUCUUAUGAAUAUGCAUACCAGCAUAUGGUGGUCUUAUCCUGCAUAUUAGUGACUCUUAUUUAUUAAAGCCCUACUCCAGUCUCCAUUUUAGCUCAUUUAUCACAUGAUUUAGUUAACAAAAUGCACAUCUCAAUUGGUGGCCUUUCCUCUUUUGGUCUUUAUUCUUGCAAGCAAGGGGGAGGCCAAUGACAUCAGAAGGCACCAUCAGACCAAUGACUUACUCCAUUGGAGAUUCUUGUUUGGGCAAAAUACCAUCCUCCUCUCUGUGACCCGGAAACCAAUAAGUGGUUGAGGAGUGUGUCAUUUCAUUAGUAGGCAAACAAUAGUGUCCUCCCCCGCCUACCUUUCAUUGAGGAUACUCGUGUAUCCUACAACAGAAGAGUUUAGAAAAUCUGCCACACCUUUGAAUCAGCUUUUGUUUUGUCAGAGGAGAAAGAUGCACACAACAAAAUAUAUAUGUCACUCAUUGUUUUAUCUAUAAAAUGUCUUGCACAACUGAACUUUUUUUAAUCACUUAACAUACUUAUUUUGGGAUCAACCCCGUAAACAUCAUUGCCUAAGGAUGCGCGAGGGGAGAAGGGUCGUCUCCCGAGUGGCGCAGCAGUCUAAAGCAUUGAAUCUCACUGCAAGAGGCGACACUACAGUCCCUGGUUCGAAUCCAGGCUGAAUCACAUCCGGCCGUGAUUGGGAGUCCCAUAGCGUGGUGCACAAUUGGCCCAGUGUUGUCCAGGUUUGGCUGGGUUAGGCUGUCAUUGUAAAUAAGAAUUUGUUCUUAACUGACUUGCCUAGUUAAAUAAAGGUUAAAUAAAUUUUAAAGCAAGCGGUUUUCCAUCCACAUUCAUUUUCCACACCAACUCUCCUCAAUUACCUUUGACCUUUUGCAAAAGGAGGUGAGAGGACGCAAGAGGUGAGGACAUCUUGGGAAAAGGCCCAUGAAGUUUGCACUUGUCUAAAAAACUUUUUUUACCCUUGUGUGUGUACA